UCGGCCUACAAGUUCUACCUGGCCUUCGAGAACUCCCAGCACACCGACUACAUCACUGAGAAGCUUUGGAGAAACGCCUUCGCUGCCAGCGCUGUCCCAGUCGUCCUCGGCCCCCGCAGGGCCAACUAUGAGCGCUUCAUCCCUGCCGACUCCUUCAUCCACGUCGACGACUUCCCCAGCCCCCGGCUGCUGGCCACCUACCUGAAAUUCCUCGAUAAAAACAAGCCCAACUACAGGAGGUAUUUUGCUUGGAGGAAGAAGUAUGAGGUCCACGUCACCUCGUUCUGGGACGAGCAUUUCUGCAAGGUUUGCGAGGCCGUGAGGGCAGCUGGGGAUCAAAUCAAGACCGUACGAAAUCUGGCCAGCUGGUUUGAAAGCUGA